AGCUACUGAUUUAUUUUUUAGCUUUAAAAAAAAUAUUAUUUCCUUUUUUAGGAAUAACACCGGAGUCCCGAUUCCGGGCCCCACCCCCGUUAUCACGGCAGUUCCCUCCCCGGCCCCCUGCGGGGCCACGAGCCUCAGGGCGGGGGCGGAUAAAAGGCCGGGUGCGGCCGGGAUGCUGGGCACCGUCCCCUAGGAACCAACGCCAGGCGAUCGGUGUGGUGCUCUCCGAGUCAAAGACCACGGCUUCGGCCCGACGUGUGCUGAGGGGGCCGGCCAAGACCAGAGUUCCUGGGGCCGCCUCCCGAUUCGGGCUAGCAGCUGGGCUGGCGCGCUCUCACACCUUGUUCGGGGCCACAGGGCUCUCCAUCUUGGAGAGAGGGGACGGCUGGGGAGACAGAGUCAGGGAGCUUCGGGGAGUAAUCCAGGCGCGUCUGCGUGACUACCUGGGCUCCAGACCCCAGCUCAGCGUUCAAAGCCCGCCGCCCUUCCCCCUCUCCCCCCCGCCCCCGGCCAGGUGAGGCCCCUCAGUCCCGCGCUGACAGCUGGGGCCGGUGGGCACCUCGCCGGACCUGGGGACUCCAAGGCGGGGCGCUCUGAACAAGAGUUGCUUGGGGUUAGGGCGACCGAGGAGCCUUUGGACCCUGGCUGCUUCUCGACCGAGAAGGAGAGGUGGGAAAGCCGGGGGAGCGAGGCAGGAGGUGCGGCAGUUCUCUGCGAAGAGGUAGCGCCUGGGCUCAGCGCUGAUUGAGCCGGGGCGUUUGGCUUGCGCCUGCAGGCUAGAGGAGUGCGCGAGCUUGCGCGCGCGCGCGGGAAGACUGUCUCCCCCUCCUCUUUGUCCCCCCCACCCCCGUCCCUCUAGCUUUCCCUCUUCCCUCCCCCACGCGAGGCCAGGACCCCUUGGCUGCCCUCAGCUGGGGAGGGGAGCCUAGAAGGCUACGAGCUUGGGAGGCGGACCGUGCAGCCUCGGCAGGUGAUAGCGAGCGAGUUCUCACGCCCCCUCCUCCUCCUCCUUCUUCCACACAGACACACACACGCGCGUACACAUACACACUUGCACAUCCAGCCCUCCUCCUCUCCCGGCCCCCACUGUCUCUCCCCUCUCCCGCCCCCUUCUUUUUUUUUUUUUUUUUUUUAAAGCAGCACCCUACCCCCACCCCACCCCCACCUUCCCGGAGAACACGCCCCGAGUAUUUGGAGAAGAGGCAGAUAGUAGCAGUAGCAUUGAACCUGAGGGGCUCAGGCUGUGCGCAGACCUGCCGCUCGCGGGGCGACGAGCGACAGACGAAGAGAGAAAGCCGGAAUAAAAGAAAAGGAGGGCGGGUGGGGGGGAGCGACUAAGAGGCUGGGAGAAGGAGAGAGACAGGGAGACAGACAUCGAGAACCCGAAAGAUCAGACAGACGCGCACGCACACACACACACACGGACCCUUAGCCUGCAAGCGCGGGAGAGAAGACCGGUCUAGAGCCAGACGGACAGACGCCCCGGGACGACCCCCUGACCCUAGCCCCCCCGCACCCCGGAGACCCCAGGGCGGGAUAUGGUGAUUGUCUCCACUGCCUCUCGGGAUUUACAAAGGCAGCGCCGCCUGCUCAGAGCUCUUGCUCCAAUUCCUGCCCCUUGCCCCCGGGGCCCCGUCCCCCGCCCCACAAGGGGGGGCUCAGCCCCGUGGGGGGCGACCCUGGCCCGAGACUGAGCCCCAAACCUCAGCCCCCUCCCCACCUAGUGCAUGUGGAGUUAAGCGCCGCUGGCCAGCGGGGAAUAUGAACCGGAAAGCAAGGCGCUGGAUCUGCCCCAUCUUCCUGAGCCUGGGCAUCGUCUACAUCAAAAUUGGGGGCUUCUCCUCUGUGGUGGCUCUUGGGGCCAGCAUCAUCUGUAACAAGAUCCCAGGGCUAGCUCCCAGACAGAGGGCAAUCUGUCAGAGCCGACCUGACGCUAUCAUCGUGAUCGGAGAAGGGUCUCAAAUGGGAAUCAACGAGUGUCAGUUUCAGUUCCGAAAUGGUCGUUGGAACUGCUCAGCCCUGGGAGAGCGGACGGUCUUUGGGAAAGAGCUGAAAGUGGGGAGCCGAGAAGCUGCGUUCACUUACGCUGUCAUUGCUGCUGGCGUGGCCCACGCCAUUACAGCUGCCUGUACCCAGGGUAACCUGAGCGACUGCGGCUGUGACAAGGAGAAGCAGGGCCAGUAUCACCGGGAUGAAGGCUGGAAGUGGGGCGGCUGCUCCGCCGACAUCCGCUACGGCAUCGGCUUUGCCAAGGUCUUUGUGGAUGCGAGGGAGAUCAAGCAGAAUGCCAGGACCCUCAUGAACUUACACAACAAUGAGGCUGGACGCAAGAUACUGGAGGAAAAUAUGAAGCUGGAGUGUAAAUGCCACGGAGUCUCCGGUUCGUGCACCACUAAAACCUGCUGGACCACGCUCCCCAAGUUCCGCGAGCUGGGCUAUAUCCUGAAGGACAAGUACAACGAGGCUGUGCAUGUGGAGCCCGUACGGGCCAGCCGCAACAAGAGGCCCACCUUUCUCAAGAUCAAGAAACCCCUGUCCUACCGCAAGCCCAUGGACACGGAUCUGGUGUACAUCGAGAAGUCUCCCAACUAUUGCGAGGAAGACCCGGCCACGGGCAGCGUGGGGACCCAGGGCCGCAUGUGCAACAAGACGGCCCCCCAGGCCAGCGGCUGCGACCUCAUGUGCUGCGGCCGGGGCUACAACACCCACCAGUACGCUCGUGUAUGGCAGUGUAAUUGCAAAUUUCACUGGUGUUGUUAUGUCAAGUGUAACACGUGUAGUGAACGAACAGAAGUGUACACGUGUAAGUGAGCUGGGAGGGCUGUGCAGAUACUGGGGGACUGGGGGGGUGAGAGGGAUGUGGACAUAAAGGGGGAGGGGCCCCAGCUGCUGAGCCACCCUUCCAUUCUCCCCCUCGCCAUCCCACUGUGCGCUGAGAAAGGAAAAAGGAGGGAAAAAAGGAAAAACUGAGGAAGAUGUUUGUAUGUGAUCUAGCCCGACCUUUGCUGGGUUCCGGCCAAGAUCUACCAGCUUCUCCCAAAAGAUCAGCUUUGGGUGCGGGUUUUUUCUUAGCUUCUCAAGGGGAAGCUGGGACUUCCCUGUUAGAUCCCCGAAAAGAGCAGAGACCCCCUCUCCCCCCAUAAGUACACUCCGCCACUAAGUCACUGGAGUCACUGUGGGCCCACGUGGCCUUAGGCAGACCACCAGGCUGUGCCAGACCAAGCCUCCAGAACUCAAGGGGUCAGCCUCCCCUGGGAACAAAUGGUUCAUUCUGCACAGUGACUGUUUGUUCCCCAGGAAUCAAACACUGCAAGAAGCACUGGAAGUAUGAGAAAAUCUUUGCACCCGGGAUCAGUACCCCAGUGUGAUUAUUCCUGCAGAGUGCUACCCCCAGCCCCGGCACUCAUAGAGAUGCUUCAGGAAACUCCAGGCUGGUUUUCAUCUCACUCCAGUCACUUCAGCAAAUCCUGCUAUUGCUCCUGCUGCUGUACUAUGGCUAGAAAUGAGAUGGCCUUUCUUUGAGUUGCCAUUUUUUUUAAAGCAGGGACAUCAUGCUCCUGGGCUUACUAAUAGCAAUAUUUAACAAUUUAUUCAGAUAAAAAAUAAUAUUAAUUUAUUUAAUUAAAAGAACUCUACCACUACUGGAAAAGAUUCUGCAAUCAAAGUAAGUUCCUUGCUUUCUUUGUGGAAUAAUUUUGUCAACUGGGCAAGGAACAAUUGGAAUUGUACAUAGUUAUUCUUUAUGCAGAUAUUUCUACUAGUUGAUUUCGCAAGUUAUUCCUUGCAGUCCUAGAUGUUUAAGUAUAAAAGCAGGCAUCUUUUUACAUAUAUAUAUAUAUUUUUUGCUGUUUGCUGCUAGUUGUCUGGAAACCCAAGUUGGCAUUGAUCUUGAGAUCUUUAUCAGGACAUACCUAUACCCUCUUUCCCACUAUCCCCUGCCAGGUAAGGCUAUCCAUCCUAAAAAUUGAAUUUGAGAUGCCUAUAUAGAGAAACAGAAAUUAACUCCAGACAAUUUCCAUCUUUUGGAAAAUGACCCAUAGGAUAAGAGAGUAUAUUUUGUAAGAGACUAUUUUUAUAUGAAUAUUUUAUUUAUACUAUGUUUGCCUGUAUCAUGCUAUAACCUGUUCUACUUCUCAAAUCAGGCAGCCAUCUCAUCCUGUUUAUCAGAGGAAGGCUGGUGAGAUCUUGAGAUGGAGGAGGCUGGGGCUCAGAGCACAUAUGAGUCUCUUCCCCUUAUAUCACACAAACCCCCUCUUGGGAUCCAAUCUGCCAAGUAUGCAAAAGAUCCUUCAGUCACAUGGUUCAAGGGCGUGAUUGGUAUUAAUGGGAUACUCUCUGAACCCAUUUGGAGGAAGAAAAAAAAAGCCAACUCCAACAAAUUUAAGCUCCCUCCCUCUUGUGGCCUGGAUCAGUCAACUGUGGCCCUGUGAUUAGCAAAGGCAUUGGAUGUAUUGGCCCUGAAAUCCCCACAUUGUGGGACUGUCACAAUGGAUUGGAUCAGCCCAAAUCAGCAGGCUUGGACAUUGUCAACCAGACACACACACAAACACACACACACCAAUUGCCUCCCGCAGACAGUGGUUACCUCAGAAUCCUGUUUUAAUGAUGCAGUGGGUUUGAGGAUAUGCCUCCAGCUUUUGCCAACAUUUUCUUAGAGGACUUUCCCACAAGACACCAAAAUAUUCAAUCAAAAAAAUAGAACAUUCAACCAACCCACUUUUGGAUUCUUCCACCUAGUCAUUACCAAGCAGCUGCAUCCCCAAAAUCACCAGUGGCUUGAUGGAUUGGGGAGUUCAUUGUUCAUGACUGAAAGGGGAAACCACCCAGAACAAAUUGAGAAAAAGUAGGUUCUCUUUUUUCUCAUCCUCUCCUGUCCCCUUUUGCCUUUCCUUCUCUGAGGGAACAGGUAGAGAGAGGCAUUCAGGAGUCAAUAAGGUAAAAUUUCUAAAUUCUGUAAGCUCUUCUCUCCCCAAUUUAGCCUGGAUCUCCCAGCCUCUCAUACCCAUUGCUUCCCAAGCUAGGAAGGUCUCCUUUGAGAGAGUGUAUAUGACGCAAUGAAAGAAUCUUGAAUUUGAAUCCUGACUCUGCUGCUUAAUUCUUGUGGAACUUACCUUCCUUGAACCAGCCCAAUUAAUUUCUCUGGGUCUCAGUUUCUUCAUUUGGGAAUCUUCUAACCAUUUUUUGUAUCAUGGUUUCCUUUGGUAAACUGGUAAGGACUGGACCCUUCUCAGAAUAAAGUUUUAAAAUGCAUACAGUAUGAAACAUCAGAUUGCCAAGAAUAAAAAAAAAUACUUUGAAAAACUAUAUAAAUUAUAUUUUAAAAUACAAGUUCAUGGACCCCAGGUAAAGAACUGGAUUAGAUAAUCUAUCAGCUUUCUUCUAUCUUAAAUCCUGUGGUUCCUAGAGGAUUGAGCGUCAAAUAGUUGAUAUGCCUCUGUAGUUGGGUCUGCUUCCAUAUAUGGCUCUGUGUAUUGUUUGUGUGUGGGAGCAUAGGAUUUAGAGCUGACUGGAACCUGGGGUGUGAACCAGAUGCAAAUGUAAUUGGGAACACUUAAAAAUCAAUAAAAAUACAGUAGAACAUAAAUAA